AUGAAGACAGAAUUGCAGGCGCAUCCCGUCACGGGAGAAAGCCCCGAUGGACAACUCCGUGAGGCUACGCUCGAGGAGGUGCAAACCCUUCCGAAUGUGGCGGACAAAUUGCCUGGGCGAGUGUGGCUGGCUUGCUUGAUUGCUGCUGCCGAACGAUUCAGCUAUUAUGGUGUGCAGGCUACGUUCCAAAACUCAAUCCAAUAUGGACCCAACGACAGAAUCCCAGGAGUACUUGGCCUCGGCGAGGCAAUGGCGACGAGGAUCAAUUAUGCUUUCACGACCAUUGUAUAUAUUCUGCCCAUGCUCACUGGUGCCAUUGCCGAUGGGUGGUGGGGAAAAUAUAAGAUGAUUAAAUGGGCAACUGGUAUUUAUCUGAUUGGUCUCGCAAUCAUGCUCUUCACAUCUAUUCCCCCAGCUAUGGAAGCAGGCGCUGGACCCGGCGGAUUCAUCACCGGGCUAGUAUUAAUCGCGAUUGGACUUGGUGGGUGUCAAUCGACUAUUGUUCCUUUUAUCGCGGACCAGUAUGAUGAGGUCCGAUCUCGGAUCAAAGUCACGGAAAAGGGCGAACUGGUGGUAAUCACCCGAGAUCAAACAAUUACAUACAUCUAUAGCGUCUACUUCUGGAUGCUCAAUGCAGGCUCUCUAAGCAGUAUCGCCACCACCGUCUUGGAGGAGAAGGUUGGCUUCUGGGCAGCAUACAUUGUAUCUUUCACCUGCAUGUUGCUCUCAGUCAUUCUACUGCAAAUUGGUGACAAGGCAUUUGUGCAAGCCCCGUCCUCAGGAACAGUGCUCCCAACUGCAUGCAAAGUGGUGGGCUGUUCGAUCAAAAAUGGGUUCAAACUAAAGACGUCCUCUCCGGCAUAUCAAAAAGCAAUUUAUAACAGGACCGUACCAUGGACCGAGGAGUUCCACGCUGGGAUUUGCUCAGGCUUCAAGGCCGUUAAAGUCUGCUGUGCUUGGCCAGCCCUUUGGCUCUGUGUUGGCCAAGCCUCUAGCAACGGCAUAUCCCAAGCUGCCCAGAUGCAAACAAUGGGCAUCCCCAACGACGCUAUCAAAACAAGUAAUGCAAUCGCACUUGUUAUUCUCGGUAUAGCGAUCCAGAAAUUAUUAUAUCCAGCCUUGGAGAGACGGAAAAUCCAGUUUAAGCCAAUGUCCCGCAUCACCGUGGGAUUAUUAUUCAUGACGCUAGCCCUUGCAUACGGAACCGCUGUACAGGUGAUGAUUUAUCAUGCAGGACCUUGUUAUCAGUAUCCGACAGAGUGUGAAGCCUAUAAUCAUAGACUUCCUAACCAUGUGAAUAUAUUCGUCACUGUACCGAUGUACGUACUGGUCGCCCUAGCGGAGAUCUUUGCAUUCGUUACGGGGAGUGAAUAUGCCUAUAAGCAGGCCCCGAAGGAUAUGAAGAGUGUGAUUCAGUCCAUAUAUGCGCUUAUGACUGCAAUUGGUUCGAUUCUCGGAAUUGCUCUCACUCCGUUAUCCCACAAUCCCCUACUGGUCGUUAGCUGGGGUGUGGUGACAGGGAUCAUGUUUGUGGUUACUUGCAUCUUUUGGGUCAUCUUCCACAAGUACGACAGAACAUAA